AUGGCAAUUCCAGAGAUUCGCGCCCCUUCCCUUUUCAUCAGCCAUGGAGCAGGCCCCCUCCCACUCAUUCAUCCAGGCUUGGAGGAUUUCCGGCAGCAAGUCGCCAAAUUGGGCAGCAAGCUCGAUGGGGCCAAAGGAAUUAUCCUUCUAUCAGCGCACUGGGAAUCUAAUGAGCCCGAAAUCACUGCUCUUGAAGAUCCCGGUCUCUACUUCGACUACGGAACUGUGGCUGCAGCCCAAUCCCUCGUUCCACCAGAGGCCUACGAGACCAAAUAUCCCAUCCGCGGAAACGCAGUUUUAGCCGCGGAAAUCAACCAAAGACUUCAGGAUUGCGGCUUCAGACCGGUUCUCGACUAUAAGCGAGGCCUGGACCACGGUGUCUUUGUCCCGCUCAAGAUCAUGCGGCCCGAAGCAGACAUACCUGUUGUCCAGGUGUCUGUUCUGACUGGGAAGGACGAGAAGGAGGCCACAGACAAGAACUUGCGUCUCGGUUGCGCCUUGGAGUACUUUCGAGACUUUGGAUACGCUAUCAUGGGGAGCGGCGGAUCAUACCAUGACUUCUUGACUAUCAAAAAUGUGUUUCAAGGUUCUAGCGAACUCCCCUCAGGGGCUGAGGAGUUUGAAAGCUACCUCGAGUCCACGGCGGCAAUUGCCGACGCAAAAACUCGCGAAAAGGCUCUUAAGCGCUGGCGUGAUAAUCCAUCGAGCUAUGUGGCUCAUGUGAGAGCCGAGGCUGAGCACUUUUGGCCGUUUCUUAUUGCAGCUGGCAGUGGUGGAGACGUUUCUGGGCAGCAAAUCCUCAAGCUUCUAUCCCAAGGCAUACCCAUGAGCUUCUACGAGUGGUGA